AUUAUGUGAGCAAAUGGGUGGAAGCAUGUGCAUACCCUACUAAUGAUGCCCGGGUUGUCAUUAAAUUUAUAAAAAAAAUCAUAUUCACUCAUUUUUGGACACCUCGAGCCAUCAUAAGUGAUGGGGGGAAGCACUUCUGCAAUAAACAAUUCGAACAAUUGUUGAACAAAUAUGGUGUUACACACAGAAUUGCAACCCCUUACCACCCUCAGACUAGCGGCCAAGUAGAAGUCUCUAAUAGGGAACUAAAGCAGAUUUUAGAAAAGACGGUCACCACAUCCAGGAGAAAUUGGUCCUUGAAUUUAGAUGAUGCACUUUGGGCUUACCGUACUGCAUUCAAAACCCCAAUUGGCAUGUCCCCUUACCAAUUAAUUUUCGGCAAGGCGUUCCAUCUACCCGUUGAGUUGGAACAUAAAGCUUAUUGGGCUACCAAAUUUUUAAAUUUUGAUUUGAGCAAUGCAGGUAAUGCAAGGAAACUUCAGCUCAACAAGUUAGAAGAAUGGAGGAAUCAAGCUUAUGAGAAUGCCCACACUUACAAAGAGAAAACCAAGGCAUGGCAUGACUCUCGAAUUGCAGGGAAGGAGUUCAAGGAAGGAGACAAGGUGCCGCUCUUUAAUUCUCGCCUGAAGCUAUUUCUUGGGAAGUUGAAAACCAGGUGGAGUGGACCCUUUGUAGUGGCUAAGGUAUUCUCUUAUGGAGCAAUUGAACUACAUAAUGAUGAUGGGAGUACAUUCAAGGUAAAUGGACAGCGUUUGAAGCACUAUAUUGAAGGAGAACAAUCCAUUCACCAUGAAUCCAUUCUCCCCUUGAAACAACCAUAA